AUGGAUUUCCAGGGAUCGGCCGGCGCCCCUCAGGCUCGCACCUGCUUCACCUGCGGUGCGGCUGGUCACCAGGCCCGCGAGUGCCCUAACCGUGGCGCCGCCAAGUGCUACAACUGCGGCAACGAGGGCCACAUGAGCCGUGACUGCCCCGAGGGCCCCAAGGACACCAAGUCUUGCUACCGCUGCGGCCAGGCUGGCCACAUCAGCCGUGACUGCCCUCAGGGAGGCAACGUCGGUGGCGGUGGCCCCUCCAGCUCCGAGUGCUACAAGUGCGGUGAGGUCGGUCACAUUGCCCGCAACUGCCCCAAGGCUGGUGGCGGCUACGGUGGCGGCUACGGCGGUGGCUACAGCGGCGGCGGCGGCUACGGCGGUGCCAGCCAGAAGACCUGCUACUCCUGCGGUGGCUACGGCCACAUGUCUCGCGACUGCACCAACGGUUCCAAGUGCUACAACUGCGGCGAGAACGGCCACUUCUCCCGCGAUUGCCCUAAGGAGUCUUCCGGAGGCGAGAAGAUCUGCUACAAGUGCCAGCAGCCCGGCCACGUCCAGUCUCAGUGCCCCAACAACUAA